UCGGUAUUCUCCACAAGUCUCAAUUGACGUCAAAGUGUCGAAAAUGGCGGUCAUCGUGAAGUAUUAGAGGUUUUGCAGAUAAAUUUUUCCUUUGAUAUUGAUGAUCCGCCGAGAGUAUUUUGUUCGUGAUAUUUAAUUCUUCCGAGUAUCUAAUCAGCUUUGAACGUAGCACAAGUCAUAGUUCCGCAUUUAAACAGUUGCCAAGUACGGACGCGAAAUCGAUCUCUUGUCCUCCAGACCUGAAACGGCCAGUGGACAGGAGACGGCCGACCGAUAUCCACUUGCGCAAUCGGUCCCAGUACUGUCUCCUAGCCAUUUCCACUUCCCCCCUCUAGCAAUUACGUGCCACAAUCGAUUGAACCCAUUAACGAUACUGUUCGCAGCGCAAACUAAUCGUUCCGUCCGCACAUUACGGGCCGCUCGGAGAGAAAGUAGUAAACUUUCGCGACAGUUUGCAACGCGAGACCCGCGAAAUGUCGGCGUCGGCUCGACGGCGUGAAUUGAGCCCUCGUUCAAGCAAACUUCGAAUGGACAGGCAGCCGGUGGUUGCUCGAAUAACAGAUCCAAGUUUACCAGCCGGUAAGCGCAAAGAAAUUGACAACGUAAUGAAGAAGGCUCGUGCCUCAUCAAACGAUUAUUGGGAUAAGAAACUGCUCGAAGUGGAAGAAAAAGACCCAAAUCGGUGGCGUCACACCGGGUACAAGAAAAUGUACAUCGAAGGUGAUAGUAGUUCGGAAAGUGAUCGUGGUGAACGAGACGGUUUCCGUUAUAACAAUCGCUAUCGUAGCCGAUCGCGAAGCCAUAGUCGACCGCGAGCGAAUCGCAGAACGCCUCCAUCUUCGCCACCACUUCGACGUCGUCCUUCGCCGCCUGACAUGCGUCGUAUAUCACCUGAUAUGCGUCGUCCACGCUCUCCUGACGGCAGGAGACCACCGCGUUCGCCAGAGUUACGUAGACGACCCAGAUCGCCCCCCGAACCGCCAAUGGGAGGCCCGGGACGUCGCGUUAGUAGUGGCGAUGGUCGAAAAUCACCACGAUCACCUAGAUCGCCAAUUGAUAGUCGUCGUCGCAGUCCUUCAUCGCCGGGAAGUAGACGUCGGUCACCGCUCUCUUUGCAAUCGGGAAAACGGGGUAUAAUCUUGCCACGCUCGAAGCGCCCGCCAUCACCACCUCCAAAGCCAAGUCGUUCGCGUUCGAAUAGUUCGGUUAGUAGUUGCUCCGACGAAUCUUGCUCAGUAUGUUCGCCGAAACAUCGCAGGCCUCGUUCACGUUCGACUUCACUGUCGCGAUCGCGUCCCGGUCCACGUUCACCGCCACCUAAAAUGAGUGGACACACUCGUUCUUCAAUACCGCGUCCCGGUCCGCCGUCGUCUUCAUCACUUUCGGGAAAAAAUCGUAUGCCAAUCGGUCCGGGUGGUGUUCCGAAUUCGUCGUCUUCGCGUAUGCGUCCCGUAAGUCCGCCUCCAAUUCGCCCCGAAAAAUAUCGUGAUGACAAGGUCCCGGUACCUGAAAGAAGUCGUGCGGUAGGUGUGGAGCGACCUCCACCUCCUGAGCCUGGUGUAAAAGUGACUCGAUCGAAUCGACAUUCACCACCAGAAGAUCCGCGUUUGAAAAUUCGUCCGCCAGAGCCCCCAGAACCUGCUCCAGUUCCUAAAAAGAAGAAAGAAAAAACCACCGAAAAGCUUCGAACAAAAAUCAAAAUUGAAGGCGAGAAACGUAAAAAACACGGUUCGUCGUCGGAAUCGGAAGAAUCGUCAGAUAGUGAGGGUUCGCUACCAACAUUUACUGCAACGACGCGUUUAACGUUGUCAGAACGGUUCGGUAAAAUGGCUCAAUGGAGCAUCGAUCGUAGUAAUAUGGAAAAUAUGCGCAUUACGAAAGAUUCCGCGGGCGGGGCGUUAAAAGUAAUGAUCGAGGAGGGAUUAGAAUCGCCGCCGCGACGAUACUCGUAUUCUCCGGCACCGGCCGGCCAUUUUCCCGAGGAACUGGCGACAACAGCUCCUUCCGGUAUGCUUUCUUGGGAUGAUGUGCGCGUUCGGUACGAAUAUUAUAAGAGUCGCGGAUAUCUACGUGACUUGGAUUUGAAGGACUACAUCAAAUGGGAAGAAUGGUGGUACAGAUAUCAAGAAUGGCUGAAGCAAGAGCGCUAUUAUGAAUUCUGGGAGCGUCAACAAAUCCAUCGGCGCCGAAGGAAGAAGGUCCCCAUCGCACAGAGAUUAAAUUAGUUUAAAUUGUUCAUUAGGAUUGAAAUAAUAUAUUUAAUUAACACAUUUUUAUGUUCAUACAUAUAUCUCGUUUUAAGGUUAUUACUUUAAACCAUAAAUGUUUGAUAAGUAAUAUCAACCAUUUCAUUUACUCCACAAAAUACAAUAAAAUAAUAAAGUGUACAUGAUUGCAUACUCGUUAAGAAUAAACAAAUAGAAGAAAGAGUA